AUGAAUGGUUCGCCUCCAUUAGAAUUUAUUCAACUCGUUGAACAAGAGGAUGAUAAAACAAUACAAAUACAAAUACAAAAAUACAUUGAUAAACAAAUUGAAGAUGUUAUUUCAUGGUUAUUCUAUCUUUUAAGCAAUAGUCAAGAUGAAACUAUUCUAUCAAAUUCAAAUAGAUUGUUAAGUGUUGUAAUGGAACAAACAUCAAACAAAGCUUUACUAGUUGAUCUAUUAAAAUCAAAAAUCAUAGAAUCAACCAAACAAGCAAAGUCAAACAAGAAUAUGGACAUGAUUGUUGCAUCAAUUCAAUCAGCAUCUAAUUUACUUUAUCCAACAGAAUAA